ACACAAUCCAAUCACUUCAGCCCCUGUUCGAGUCUCGCCACUGUCGAACAGAAAGCAAGAGGUUUUCUUUUGUUUUCUUAUCAUUACAGCCAUGGCGGAUCCACAGAGGAUUUAUCCAGCCAACGAGGAUUUAGAGAAGGCGGCGGCGGCACACGAAGAUGCAUACAAGAGCCCGCCGCCAAGCGCUCCUCUGGCGCCAAGAUCAAGCCUAGUGUCGGAAAAAGGAGAUCCGGGUACUCCUGGCCGAGUUAUGCAUGUUCAGUUUCCUAAGGACCAAGUGAUUCCACCACGGAGUGCCCCCAGAUAUCACUCCCGCCCUCCAAAGCGCCGUCGCAGUUUCUGCUGCCGCUGCCUCAAAUGGACAUGUUGCAUUCUGUUUAUCUUAAUCGUCGCCAUUGUCGUUGCUGCCGCCAUUCUCUACGCCGUCUUUCAGCCCAGGAUACCCAAAUUUUCAGUCGACAGGAUUGAGAUCACCAGCUUCAGCGUCAAUUCAGACUCCACCAUUUCUUCCAAGCUUUCAGUCGAUGUGACCGCGAGGAACCCGAAUAAAAAGAUUGGUAUUAAAUACUUAGGCGACAGUUAUCUUGCGGUUUUCUACUCCGGCACUGAGCUCUGCAAGGGCCAACUUCCUGUGUUUUACCAGGGCCACAAGAAUACUACGAAUUUGGAUGUUACUCUUACGGGGUCUAAUGUGCUGAUUACCAAUGAUAUGGUUACGUCGCUGAAUGCACAGCAGCAGGAAGGUAGUAUUCCUCUGCGUUUGAAGGCGGAUGUUCCCGUGAAGAUCAAGUUUGGGAAACUGAAAACCAUGAAGAUUACUUUCCGCGUGCGCUGUAAUCUUGUGGUCGACCGGCUGGCUGCUAAUACUAGGGUCAAUAUGAAAGAGAAAAAUUGUAAGGUGAGGGUGAAGCUUUGAGGAGACCGACUGGAGUUUUAGAUUUGUGUUCAUUUCAGUUUAGAGACUGCGACCAGGUGGAGGAGAGUCUUUUAUUUAGGUUAGAGUUGAUACUUUUCCUGAUUUUUUCUAUACCGCCAUUGUUACAUUUAUUUGUUAUUGCCGUGCAUAUAUAUACAUUGAUACAGAUAUUAGUUGAUUCUUCCAUAAUCUCUCAUCUGUUGUAUUUUCACAAUUAUUUUACAUAAAGUGAGGUCACUUAGCCUCAACGUUCUCCUCGAGGCCGAGAGAACAUCUUUCCACCACAGACAGGAAUUUUUUUGUAAAUAAUCAGAUUGUAAAUUAUGAUCAGUAUAGUAAUUUAAAUAAAAUUGUUUUUGAAUUCAA